AUGAUGUGUGAUGUGUUUGAUCUGCGGAAAAUCGGUUUGGGAUCUUACGCGUGGGCAAACGCAGCAUCAGGUAUGGCAGUCCAUGAUGACUGCAAGUUAAGGUUUUUGGAGCUCAAAGCGAAGAGGACACACCGUUUCAUUGUUUUUAAGAUUGAGGAGCAACAGAAGCAAGUCAUUGUGGAGAAGCUUGGUGAGCAAGCCCAAGGAUAUGAAGAUUUACUAGUAGCCUUCCUGCUGACGAGUGCCGCUAUGCUGUUUAUGGUUUUGAAUAUAUGA